GCCAGGCGUAGAGCCGCUCGCGCGCUAGUGCACUCACAUUCUGAUUGGCUAAGGCGCCCCGCGCUUGAUUGUGACGCAGUGCCUCCCCUUCUAUUUAAGAUUUGGGCGGUUUCUUGGAGGCUCCUCAGAAAAGACUUGGAAGAGGAAGGGGUGGGCGAUUGAGGAGGCCAAGAUGACCGCGAAGGCCCCACGUCCCGAUUGGGAGAAAGAGUACCUUUGGCACAGCCUUCUAGCGCUGGGCUUCGACCCUGAAGGGGCCGCCGCAGCCGCCGGGAAGAUUUCCACGCACCUCCGCCUGGGAGAGAAUAUGUUCGAUCAGCCAAACAAAGACGCAUUUCAUGUUGUUGCAUGGUUUUUGUUUUCAAAGCUGGACCAGUCACGUUGCAAUGAGAUCUUCAGAUUGUGUUUCCCCCCGACAGAUAAAAAGGAGGACGCAGAAUGUCGAAAACAGGCCUAUGAAUGGCUGAAAAAAAUUUCAGAUGAUUGCGGGGAAGGCUUUCCUCCAGUUGUUCCAUCCUUAUUCCUUUCUCCUGGAGGUCCCAAGUUCAUUCACCUAAUGUUCCAUUUCUCAAGAUAUGUCAUAAUGCAUCAUAUUAAAGUGAAUUCUACAGCAGGUGGAAUUUCCUUCCCAAAAGCGCUGAACUCAAAAUCUCCAGACCUCAGUAUGGCAAUGGCAAAAUUCCAGGUUUGUCAAAAUCGAUUUUUAAUGGCUUUGCAAAAAGAAGAUUCCCUCAUUCAGGAACUUCAGAAGAAAGCACAGCUUUUAACUAAACAAAUAAGGAAUUUACAACAUGAAAAUGCAGAUCUGGACAGACAGCUCCAAAAAAUUAAGGAAAAUGUUCCCCAAAAUCAACUUGACACCCUUCAGAGAAUUGAAAAGGUUCGUUCUUCAUGGGAGACAGUAAUGAAAGUAUUGCAUCUUCUGCGAAAUGAAAGAGAAGUAGUGGAUGCAGUACUUAAAGGCCAUGUAGACGAAUAUAUAUUGGAUGGCACAAGUGUUAAUAUCAACAUCCCAAGGCCUCUGAUUGAAAAAAUUGAAAAGGAAAUACACACGUUCCCUAUGGGGAAUGUGUACGAAGGAGGAAAACUAAACAGUUUAACAGUUAUCCAGUUGCUAAACAGAGCCUUGAAAAUGUUGAUUAAUGAGCGUCGACACGCUGAAAAGGAUCCACUAAAAUUGGAUCUCAAGUAUUUUGAAGGAAAAACCAAAUCCCAGAACAAGGCUUUACAGGGACUAAAGUCACUGAGGCUAAAAUUAAAGCACGAGGACCGAAAAUUGAUAAGCCAAAUGAUUACUGAAAAACAACAAGAAUGGGAUUUGAAAUGGAAAACCUGUCUUGGCCAGUCACCUUUUCGGUUAAUGAGAGAGCCAAACCCUGCCCUUGACUUUUUACCAGCCAUGUCCCCACUUUCUUUUGCUCCUGCAACAGAGGAAGCUUAUAAAAGCAGUGUCUUUUGCCAGUUCCCUGCAUCAGUUCCAGAGGUAAUCGAAAAGAAUCUCCAAACAGAUCAAUUUGAGGGAACUGGUAAAGCAAGAGAAUGCCAAGGUUAUUCAACUGUGCUGACUGCAGAGAGGGAUGUCAUGUCUUCGAAUCUUGCUAGAGCCUCUGAAGACAGGAUGGCUUUUGAAAGGGAAUCCAAUGCUGACACUCCUACAAGGGCAAAGCCUUCUGAUUUUCAGAUCUUAAAAUAUACAGGAAGGAAAAGUAAAUUAGCAGAAAUUGGGAAGAAAAGACAGAUACGUGUUCCGAAGACACCGUCUACAGUUAAAAGAGAAGAUCUUCUGAAGAGAGCACAAGAGCAACUAGCAGAAGAGGUCGCAAAUGUGAUAGUAUCUGAAUCACCACAGAACAUUGGAGGAAAAGGAAAGGAUUUGGAAGACCUGAUUGGGUCCUUAACCUCAGAUCCUUUCUUAACAAGGAAACAAAUUCCACGAACUCCAGAAAACCUGAUUAGUGAAAUUAGAAGCUCAUGGAAAAAAGCCAUCCAAGUUGAGGAAUCUUCAAAGACAGAAUCACAUCAUGCUGAUACAACAAAAAAAGACUUACUGCAAGAUGCAGUCCUGGCAUCUGGAACACCAGUAGAUUCCAGUAUGGCAGUCUUCAUGUCAUCUGGCUCAGUAGAAUCUCCCCCUUUCCUGGAAAUGCCAUCUUCAGGGAACCUGAAGCAGGGGAUUCUGGGUCCUAAUGAAUUGUCCUCCCACCAAAGAUGUGCUGGGCCAUUGGAUGACAGUUUUUUCAAGCAAGGACUGACACCUACAGUUUCAGAUGAUCCUUCAACUGGCGAUCCUACAGUCAGCCUCAAGACAGUAAAUAAAUGUGCAAACGAGUUGUGUGAUGAUCCAGGGAAGUCAGUUUACAGUCAGGAUUCCUCAUUGUGUACAACUUUGCCAUGGACUGGCACUCGAAUGUCAAGUGGCAAUUAUGACGAUAGCCAAGAAGUUGUCCAUUUCGGCAUACUUCAAGAAACCCUUCCAGAAGAAGCAGAGUUUAUAAGUCCAAAGAGCUUUAAGGAUUUGGAGUCUGAUGAAGUAAGGGAAGACAGCUCCCAAGACAACAAUAAAGCUUUCCCUGAUCAUGUAGCAGAGAAUGAGCAUAAGUUGGAUUUACACUCUAUUCGGAAACGAUACAAAGCAUUGGAAAAGACUCUUCUCAAGAACUCAUCUUCCAGAAAGCCCAUUUCAAGACGCAGAUCAGACUUCAGCCUUCUUUCAGUGGGCUUAGAAACUACCGAUGUGCUUAGCCCUUCUGGGAAACCAUAUGCAUUUGAUGCUGAACUUAUGAAGCCGCCAACACAGAUGGCUCUUCCUGAAAGAAAAGUCCCUGCUUCCCCUCUCGUUCCCUUUUCACCAUUGCAAGCAGGAAAAAAUGUGGAUGCCUGUAGUGAAGGAGACCUAUUUGAUAAACUAAAGGGUUAGUACAGUCAGAUCUGCCAGGCAGAUGUGAGUCUGAAUAACUCUUUUUCAAAAAGUAGUAUUAAAGUGAAGAAGAAUGUGCAAAGACCUGUAAAGAUGAAGCUCUUUUAUGUUUAUAUAAUCAUGAUCCACUGACUUGGCA